AUGGUGUCUGCCAGAUAUGACUUGGAUAUUGAUUCGAAGCAGCAUGAUCUAAGCACUGUGCUGGGCCUGAUGGUGGCCGUCCAGUACACUCUGAGGUGCAAGGUUGGAUCUUUGUUUUGGAGCGGGUUACCUUGCAGUGCCCACGUAUGGAUAUCAAGGGGCACAACGUGCAAAAGCAAAGAUGACCCUCGUGGGGAUAUGUCGAAACCCUCAGUUGCCAUGGGCAAUUUGCUUUGCGCGAGAAAUUGCCUUCUCUUGCUGCUUUGUGUAUGCCGCCAAGUAUGGUGGGCGCUGGAGCAGCCAAGCUCGUCGGUGGCACCUCUUCUGCCUUAUCUUCGAUGGGUACGUCACAUCAACCGGUGCAUGGAUGGGCUGGUGCCAGCCACAAUCGUUCGCUUUUGGAUGGGGCUAUUUGGAAGCGCAAGCGUCAAGAGAUCUUUGGUGACGGGGAACGCGCCCUGGGUGCACAUGCUGGCAACAGCUUCACACAUCACGAAGGCCGACCGUGAGAAGUACCAGUGGUCAUCUGCUGGCAUUGUGAAGAAAACAAUUGAGAAGAAAUCCCAAAAGAAGCUGUGGGGGCCGUGCGUGGCCUUCCUGAAAUCGCGCAAGGAGUUCAAGCCUCGGAAGGGCGUGCCGGUGAGUGUUGACAGCAACACAGCGGACAGCAGCCCGCCCACGGCCACCCCAAAGCUGGCCACGCCCAAAGCUGUCAGCCCGCCCAAGCUGGCCACCGCCAGCCCGCCCAAAGCUGACAGUCCGCCCAAGCAUGCCAGCCCGCCCAAGCACGCCAGCCCGCCGCCCAAAGCUGCCGGCCCGCCCAAGCAUGCCAGCCCGCCGCCCAAAGCCGACAGCCCGCCUGAGCACGCCAGCCCGCCGCCCAAAGCCGACAGCCGGCCUAAGCGUGCCAGCCCGCCCAAAGCCGACAGCCCUCCCAAGCCUGCCGGCCCGCCGCCCAAAGCUGACAGCCCGCCUAAGCAUGCCAGCCCGCCGCCCAAAGCUGACAGCCUGCCCAAAGCUGCCAGCCCACCCAAGCCGACUCCGCCCAAGGCAGCGCUCGUGACCUCGCAGCUCAACAAGCAGGAAGGCUCACAGGAGCCCAGUUGCCCAAACCCACCAACCAGCGUUGCAAGGCCGCUCAAAUCUCGUGUGUGCCCACGAGAUCCCGAAGAGCCAACUGCCAGCCCAGACAAGAAGAAGCCACGCCCCACACCGCCACCAACCACACCGUCGGAGGACGGAUCUGGAUCUGCCACGUCCGCGCAGCUCUGCAAGCGCACGCUGAGCUUCACCAGCGAUGACAGCUGGGACGCAGGCCUUCCACGCAGCAAGAUGGGUGGCUACUCCCAGCGCUGGUGGUGGGGCCCCGACCAUAUGUGGUCGGACAGCAGGGAUGAUGGCUGGUGCGACUACGGAUAUGGAUGGGGACCGCGCUGGUCCAGCAGCUGGGAUGAAAGCUACUACGCGCGUCGCCAAUCACGAAGCUGGUCCUUUCAAGGAAGCGAAGCAGGCGACUACGAUCAGUCCCACGCCGACGAAGUUGAGCAGGACCUGCUGGAGCGCAUGCCUACGAACGUGCAGGACGACAGCUGCAUGGCUACGGAGCAGGAACACCGUCCUGCUGAUGCGCAAGAAACCAAUGACGCUGCUGCUGAUGAGCAGGAAGGCACGCCUGCUGCUGAGCAGACGGGCAACGCUGAGCAGACGGUCAACGCUGAGAAGACGGGCGACGCUGAGACGGGCAACGCUGAGCAGACGGGCAACGCUGAGAGGACGGGCGAUCCUGAAGGUUCUUCUCCUUGCGCUCAGCCCCGGGCUCUGGCCAAUAGGGCCAAUGACGCGGACGCGUGGCGGAAGAACAAGCAGGGCGAGUUCUUGAACCCUCCAGCGCUCUACAUGCGCUUUUACCGCAGCAGCCGGGCUCCGCCAGAAGUUCAGGAGCAACUCGUUGCUGCAGAGAAGUCCAGAAACAAGAUGCACCAGCUUUACAUGCACUACGUGAGCUGCCGUGGCGAAUGGGAUCGCUGCAGCUUGGUGGUCUCCAUCCGCAAACAGACCGCCCACUCCUCUGAUGAGAUUUACGAGUGGUGGGACGAGAAAAAGAUGAAGGCCGAGUUGGGAGAGGAAUUGGCCGUGGACCUAAUGAAGCGUCAUGCUGACGCUGAGAGCAAGCUAUCGGCUGCCGAAAAAGGAAAGUUCAUCCGCGUGCACAAGGAUUUCCCUAGCAGGAAGGACCUGUGGAAGUACAAGAACUUCGCUGCCUACAUUGACAAGACAACCAAGCAGAUUACGCACAGCGCCGAACUGUCAAUGCAAGCGGAGGUGGAAGAGGAAUCCUUCCACACGGCCAUGUGGCUCUGUGAAAUUAGUCGCUUGUGCAAACCUCCUACCCUAACCGGGCUCAAAGGGGUUCAGAGCGCAAUCAGGCUACGUGGCCAUUGA